UUUCAAAGUCUCUCAGAAGAAACUGCAAUGUUGCAGAAGGGAAGUCACAUUUUUAGGCAGAACUGUUUCCAGCACAGGAUCAUCGAUGUCCACAGAACAUAGAGAAUGUCUAUUUUGCAGCAUAAACGUCCAGAGACAGUAAGAGAAAUGUUGGCAUUUUUGGGUCUUUGUGGUUACAGCAGACAUUUUCUUCCUUGUUUUGUGGAGCGCACUGCGCCCUUGAGGACAAUGAUUAAAGAAAAGGGUGCAACUAACCUCGCGGCUGUGCUGGACUGGACCCCAGUGACUGAUGAGAUUUUUGUAACAUUAGUGCAAGACAUGGCAUGCGCUGCUGCUCUCGCAGCCCCAGAUUAUACUCAGCCAUUUUUUCUUGACGCUACAAUGACGCCCACAGUUGUUAAUGCUGUUCUUUUCCAGAAAAAUCAGGGCAGACGGGAUGUGCUAAUGUAUUGUAGCAUCUCCCUGGAUGCCGUUGAAGCCCGUUCGCCGCUAUGUACUCGUUAUGCUGCAGGUUUGGCGAAAGUGAUUCUCAAAACAGCACACAUCGUGAUGUCACAUCCGUUGAUCAUUUUGACGGAGCACUCAGUCACGUCAUAUGUUGCGUCAUCAUCUUUCACGCUAUCGUCUUUAAGACAGACGAGGCUGCUGAAAACUCUGACAGCUCCGAACAUUCAGUACCAACACACUGGCAUUAACAUGUCAGAGGGGAUUUCUAUGGAUCCUCAUUCUUGCUCUGUAGCUGUGGCGAAAGAACUGCGAACCAGGCCAGAUUUGGAAACGAAGCCUCUUCCAGAAGGAAGAAUUUUCUUUACAGAUGGUUGCUGUUUUCGCUCAACAUCUGGAACUCUGCAGGCAGCGGCUGCUGUGGUGGAGUGCUCUAAAGGUGAGUUCAUCACCCUAACAUCACAAAUUUUGACAGUUAAACCAUCGGCCCAAGCAGCAGAGGUCUUGGCUCUGUGCUUGGCCCUUGAAGCUGCACCUGGAGAACAGGUAACAGUAUACUCUGACUCUGCUUAUGCAGUGUCGGAUGCAUUGUUAGAUCUUGCUGCAUGGAAGAGGAACUGUUUUCUUACAGCGAGAGGGGAGCCUAUCGCUCAUAAGGACCUGAUGCAGCGCCUGGAGCUUGCACUGCAACUUCCCUCCAGAGUGGCUGUGGUCAAAGUUCCAGGUCACAGUAAAGGUAACACCCUGACAACACGAGGAAAUAACGCUGCUGACGCGGCUGCUAAGGCAGCAGCAGGGUACACCCCCACACAUCAAAUGGUGAGUGUUUACACACCACCUGAGCUGUUGGACAGCCCCACUCAUGAUGACCUGGUGACCCUGCAAUCCAUAAGCUCGCCAGAGCAGAAAUCAUACUGGCUUCAAAAAGGUGCCGUGAAAUCAUCAGAUGGCUUGUGGGUAGGUCCAUAUGGUCAGCCUGUGGUACCAGACGGACCUCUUCUUCGACGCAUCCUCAAGGAAAGCCAUGGUCCAGCGCAUCUGGGACCAUCUAUCAUGAUGACAAAGCUGCUCAUGUGGUGGCACCCCAGGUUGCGUGAUGUCUGUCAUGAUUAUGUGCACAACUGUACAGUGUGUCAGUCCUAUAAUGUUAGGCCCACCCUCAAACCUCUGCCAGGGAGUUUUGACCCUGCCCCCUGGCCAGGAGCCGAGAUUGUGAUUGACUACACUGACAUGAUCAACCCCGUGCAAGGUAAGCGAUAUUUGCUUGUUGUUGUUGAUUCUUUUUCAGGGUGGCCUGAAGCUUAUCCUUGCAAAAGAGAGGAUUCCAUCUCAGUGAUCAAAGCACUGGUAAAUCACUACAUACCCACACAUGGUUUCCUUGCGAAAAUAAGAUCUGACAAUGGGACUCAUUUCAACGGUAAGCACCUCCAGCAAGUUGAAGCAUCUCUUGGAUUGCAACAUAAGUUUGGUUGUGUUUACCAUCCUUCUUCACAGGGCUCUGUGGAGCGCAUGAAUCGCACGCUCAAAGAAAAAUUGGCAAAAAUAUGCACCUCGACUAAUAUAGAUUGGGUUACUGCUCUUCCUCUAGCUUUGUUAGCCGUCAGACAAUCCGUAAAUCGCAGAACAGGUUUCUCUCCGUUCGAACUUUUGACCGGUAGAUUAAUGCCAGGUCCUUCGUCGACUAUUAGACCCUUAGACGACGCCCACUCACCCAAUAGGUCCUUGGUUACCUAUUGGAAGUUGUUGCAUGCUUUUGCCUCCACUUUUUCUGCGCAGGUUAAGGAUAAGGACGAGCCUCCAGCUGAACCACCAGGUGAUAACCUGGCUGACUGGACUCACGUGUACCUGAAAGCGUUCAAAAGGAAGUGGUCAGAACCCAGGUGGACGGGUCCUUAUCGUGUCACGGCUCGAACGACGUCUGCUGUGCAGCUGCAAGGCAGAGACAAUAAGUGGUAUCAUUACUCGAUGUUGCGACCUUGCCUUUCACAGGACAGUGGACAGGACGCCUGAUUGACCUUGACGAUGCACAGGACUGUUUGUUGUUUUUUAUGUUUACUUAAUUUCAUAUUUUUACUACAUUUUAUAUUUUCAAUUUAUGUUUUUGCUUCAAUUUCUAUUUUUGCUUUUGAUUAAGAUUUUUACAUUCGAGUUUGAUUUUUGACUUCAACUUAUUUUUCUAUAAUUUUGUCUUUUGACUUUGCAAUGUUUCCUUCUACUACUGGCCUGGGACUUCCCCAGACCAAGAGAGGGACAUGGACAUGGGGAGUUAGCAGUUUUGUUGUAUUUUUACUGUUUCUUUUAUGGAUCUUCUUCCUUGAUUUACCUGAGAUUCGAGCUAAUCGUGCUAAAUAUAACCUGACUCAAACCCAUAGGCAGACUGCUACAGUACGUAACCGAACAAGGCGAAAUGUUGUAUAUGAAGUAUGGCCAUUCGCUACGGAAGUUGAACAACGACUGUGUGGUUUUUCCACGCCUAAAAUGGGGAUCUUGUAUUUCUGCUACCCUCACAAUCAGACUGUGGAUGUGUUAGUAGUAAUACCAAGGGGAUCUUUGAAACACAGGACUCUAGGAGCAACAAGUAAGUGGCAGGGAUAUCAUUGGUAUAUGCGUGACUCAGUUGGAAAUGGGGGUUGGGGAUCAAUAUUUAGAUCUACAACAGAAUCAUCCUGGGGACGAGGUACCUAUGGGUGGACACCUCCAGCUCGAAAUUGGUCUAAAAUCAUUUCCAACUUCACUGUCACCGACUCGCUUUUCACCUUCCGUGUCGACACUACCAGACAACUUUUUCCGAUCCAAUACCACCAACAAGAUGCUACUGAAUCAUAUUCGGAAGUUAGUCCAACAUCCAGUUGCUCCCGCAUGUUUAUAUGUGCGUGGGCAAAUGGGCGUGAUCCGUGUUGGCAGGUUGGUUUCUGUCCAGACAUGACUGUUAACAUUACUACUCCCACUAGCCCCAUGUGGAAAGGACCAGGCUCUGACUCUCCGGGAAAGGUAAACAUCAUAACUGGAAUUCCUUCCACAGAUGUUUGGUUCCAGAUUGUGACAGGCAUCAGUGGGGAAGCUAACAACUGGUUGCUGAUGGUUGAACAAGCAGCAAAUGUGAUAGAGGAAGACUGUGUUGUGUGUAUGGGCCCCCGUCCUUUGUUGCGUGUGGUUCCCGCAGCAGUUCCAGCAGAAUGUGUCGCUGACUUAAUGACUAACACGAUUCCUUUUAGCCCGGACUGUCGGAAACUGGAUCGCUUUUAUCCUCUGGCCCCCAGUGAUAAAAGUAAGCCUGUUUUUGACCGACGUGUGGCCCCUCAAAAUUUCUCAUGUUUCGUGUUGCGUUAUGGAAAUGGUAGUCGGUUUAUAGGUAAUGUUACUGACAAUUGGUGUAAUAACACACAAGUUCUGACUCAUUUCCAGCCACUCUCACGAGCGGACAUUUGGAUAUGGUGUGGCACAAAUCAAAUAUUUGACAGAUUACCCCUGAAUGCCGCCGGACGGUGUGCAUUGGUCACUUUAAUCUUACCCGUUUUUAUUCAACCGAUGAAUUUGACAGGUGUCGCACCCCCGCUGACCCACCAGCCUACCUGGAGACGGUCCAAGCGUGAAACGGGCUGGAUGGGCCAGAAUGAUCCGACAUACAUUGACUCUCUUGGUGUCCCUAGAGGCGUUCCAGAUGAGUAUAAAUUAGUGAAUCAGGUGGCUUUUGGGUUUGAAAGUAUUUUAUUAUGGAUUACCCCUAAUAAAAAUGUGGACAGAAUUAACUACAUUCAUUACAAUGUUCAGAAGUUAGGCAAUUACACUGUUGCAGGUUUUGAAGCUGUGCAUGAACAAUUGAAGGCUACGUCUCUAAUGGCAUUCCAAAACAGAAUUGCAUUGGAUAUGUUAUUGGCGGAGAAAUCUGGUGUUUGUGGUAUUUUUGGUGAUCAGUGUUGUACUUUUAUCCCCAAUAAUAUGCAAGCUGGUGGUAAGUUGUCAGUUGCUAUUGAAGGAAUGCGCACGUUAAAUAAGAAAAUGAAGGACCAUUCAGGUGUGGACACAUCCAUGUGGGAUGACUGGAUGAAAGUGUUUGGUCCCUGGAAGAAUUUGAUCUCUUCUAUUCUUGUUGCAGUUGCCGUUUUUACAGCUAUUCUCACUCUGUGUGGUUGUUGCUGCAUUCCCUGCAUUAGGUCACUUCUGACACGCCUCAUAGAGAAGGCGGUGGGCGACAAGGAUCGUGAGCAUGGGCAAUAUGCCAUGUUGCCUGUCAGUGAUCCUUUUCCCCCACCCCAGCUGUCAACUCAGUUUGUGUGAUUUUGUUCUGCCUUAACAUGUCUCGCAUUCCUCCCCCUUAAUUCCAGGUGUUCUUUUGCUUUACAGGAACUGUUAUCUUUUUUACGGUUAUGCUUUUUUACUAUUUGACUUUGACUUACACUGAAUUAGACUUUGAAUUUGUUUUAUUUACCUUGUUUACUACUUUAGUUUUUGUACUAUAUAACUUUACUUAAUGACAUUGUGCCAAGGGGUUAGGUCGAUCUUGUGAGCAUGGGCAUCCUUAGGGGUGGUUGUCGCAGGAGCACGGAACCGUCGCGAGACUUUUCCUGUCAGACUACACACUGAAUGUUUAACUGAUGCUCCAGACAGGUUUCACUCGCACGUUCAUGCAUGGACGCCUAACUCCUUUGAAUUAUUUUGUGUUCCAGAUUGUGCGGGUUUUGGACCACAGCUGUCAGGUUAGUUUAGGUUUGUAAUGUUUUGUUGUUUUUGAGUGUUGUAGUGUUAAGUCUUUUAGGUGAUCACACUUUGUGUGAUCAAGAGAGGGAAAUGUAGAAAAUGUAUGUUUUAAUAUCU